AUGUGUGUUUGUUUUGGUACCGCUAUCAAGAAUAAUCAUGAAGUUUCGUCAAAGCAUUUCCUAACUUUUAAAAAUUGUUCCAAUAUUUUAAUCAAAAUGUUAAGUAAUUAUUUAUUGAAUCAACAGAAAAUCCUGCUUAUUAAAGAUCACCUCGGAAUCGAAAGCACCGCAUUGAAGGUAGUGACGAAAUGGCUCUGCGAUGGAAAAGGACCGGAGGCUGUUCCAGAACCUGUUGAAUCGCUCACCGAGCAAGGACCAUAUCUUGUUGCCCGGAUAUCGAAACUAGCCCGCACAAAAACACCUCGGGAGCUGUUCCAGUUUGUACAACGCUGUAAGCAAAAUGGUUCCGUUCAGUAUCUGUUCCUUUGGGCCACGGAGAAAAACAUCUCGGAAAAGUUUUUGGUACCGUUUCUGGAACACCAGAGCGAGCUGAUUGUGACCCUUGAGGACGAACGUCAUCUAACUAUUGUGGUGAAGAAAUCUGGCGGAUCGAUCAGUAACAAACGGUACCAGUACCAACUGCAGGAGGGAUGUUUUUCGGUGAAAGAAUUGAAGAAAACGGAUCAGUCGAAGGGGAUUUCGACAUCGCUUGACUCGUCGGUGGCCAGCAUCGACCCGGCUUCGUUGGGCACGUUCAAAAUUGGGAACCUGAAGAAGGAGGAACAGGAAGCGAAGGAAGCGCUGACACUGCCGUUUGAAUUCUUCAAAGCGACACCCGAAGGCGGUCGAGUGCUUUACCAUCCGGAUGCCGAGGACGAUCUGGACGAAGAAGACCCAGACGAUGAUUUACUGAUAUGAAGUAAGAGACCCAGUGUUGCUUGUUUUCGAAAAUACAUUCUUGUACAUUUUUAUUAACGAUUCGAUCUGACUGAUUUGACGAACAGCUUUUAUUAAUAUGGUACCUAAAUGAUGAUGACAAACAAUCGUUAUCGUUUUUUCCUGAAGUUGAGUAUAAGAUACUUACGAGGAAAUAAAGCGGAAAUUUUAUCACAUUUGCGAAAUGAGUACGGCUUGAAAUGCAACAAUCGAAUGCUUUUUAAAUAUUAUAAUGCUUUCGAAAUACUUUGAUCUUAAUCUAUUCCAAGAUUUUGAUUCGUCAGAAAUGAGAAAAUGUUAUUUACAAGAGCGAGAAUUAAUUGAAAGACGAGUAAUCAAAUGGAAAGAGUAUCUUAGAAGAAUUUUUUAAAGUAAAACUUGGACAACAUUAUCUGAACUCUUAGAAGGUUUUUUGGUAUAACAUUUUUAUCGAUUCUGCAAUAUUACUAUCGCCUAAUAGCUCUGUUUCUUCUUUCUAUCCUACAUAUGGGUAGCUUCU